GGAGCUGUACCCAAACACACACACACACUGCGCCCUUUCUCUUCUCCUCUCCUUUUUACAAUCCGAAUCUCUUUCUGACCUCACAAAUACAAAAACAACAACUACAUUAUAUUCUUGCUUUUCUUUCCCCAUUCCCAUAUCUUUUGCUAUUCCGUGCAAAACCCAUAUACCAUCCUAAUCCAUUGCUCUGUUUUUCAACUAGCACCAAAGCUCUGUUUGGUUCCAGAAGCAAUGUCAAUGUCUUUCAGAGGGCUCAGUCGGCCGAAUGCUUCGUGUGCGAUGGCUGCGGCGGAGGACAGCAAGAACAGUUUCAUGGAGCUGCAGAGGAAGAAGGUUCACCGCUAUGUGAUAUUUAAGGUGGAUGAGAAGAAAAGGGAGGUUGUGGUUGAGAAGAUUGGUGGUCCGGCUGAGAGUUAUGAAGAUUUCGUGGCGGCUUUGCCUGAGAAUGAUUGCCGAUUUGCUGUAUAUGACUUUGAUUUUGUUACUUCUGAUAACUGUCAAAAGAGCAAGAUCUUCUUCAUUGCUUGGUCCCCUUCAACCUCUCGGAUCCGUGCCAAGAUGCUCUAUGCCACAUCAAAAGACCAAUUCAGGCGGGAGCUGGAUGGUAUUCACUACGAGAUUCAGGCUACUGACCCAACAGAGAUGGAUCUUGAGGUGAUCAAAGAGCGGGCGCACUGAACAGUGUCUGUUCUAAAACAUAUGUAUCUCCCUUGGUCAGUCAAAAUCUCCUCGAUUCUGUAAGCUUGUUCUCCUUGCAUCAUCAUUUGCAGAAUCCAUUACUGACACAAGACUACUACUCUUUCACCAAAUAAACAAGCAUAUCUGCUAUGAAAAGUAUGGUCUGAUGUUAUCUGUUUGUUGUGGAAUUCAGUUUCCUAACAGUAAGCUUACUUCCUAGAUGGAAAUGAAUUUGUCAUCUGGUAAUGUUGUGAACCUCAAAUGUGUUCCUAUAUAAGUUUCUUUGCUAAUUGCAUCUAUUAUAUUUGGGGAGCAGAACUGCAAGUCUGCAACCCAUAUCCUUUU